ACAGUAGUUGGCCGCUUAGUCAUUGUUAGGACACUUUUUCCCCGAAAGUUUGUGCUGUACCCUCACUACAAUUGCAAAACCCUAAUCGUGCGAGUCUCCGAAACCUCCAUCAAAAUGGGUUCUGAAGGAUCCGCGGUUGUUGUACCCAGGAGUUUCAGAUUAUUGGAAGAGCUUGAAAGAGGUGAAAAGGGAAUCGGCGAUGGAACUGUCAGCUAUGGCAUGGAUGAUGCUGAUGAUAUAUACAUGCAGUCAUGGACAGGGACUAUUAUUGGUCCUCCUGGUACUGUUCAUGAGGGGCGUAUCUACCAGCUGAAAUUGUUCUGUGGCAAGGAUUAUCCAGACAAUCCACCAUCUGUAAGAUUUCAAACAAGGAUUAACAUGACUUGUGUCAACCAAGAUUCUGGAGUGGUUGAGCCAAAUUUGUUUCCCAUGCUGGCUAAUUGGCAGCGAGAGUACACAAUGGAAGACAUUCUGAUGCAAUUGAAAAAAGAAAUGCUGUCCCCUCAAAACCGGAAGCUAGCUCAGCCUCCUGAAGGUAACGAAGAUGGAAGGAUUGAUCAAAAGGGGCUGGUGCUCAAAUGUUGUAUCGUGUAAUCAGGGUGAGAGUCCAAUAAUAAUGACAAUACUAAUAAUGUAAAUAAUCAUAUCCAAUAGUAAUCUGAGUUCACGGGGGAUGCAUUUAUAAAUGUAAUUACAAGCCAUUUGCCUAUGUAACCGGAAGCAAUUUAAGGGAUUGUGACCAUCUUAUCCUUGAAUUUUCAUUGGAUGUUGUACUUUGUGACAACCGUAACUUCAUAUUUUGUUGUGGCAGCUCAAGACCCUUUUCAUAAUGUAUUCACACUCAUGGUGCGUGUCCGAUUCAGCACCAAGUGUCUUGGUCAUAUUAGAUUUUUUCUUUCAACCUAUGUGAAUGGUGGUAUCAUUUGUUUAUGCAAAAAUAAAAUCAUUGGAUUUGAUCUU